AUGAAAAACUUGGAGAACAGCGUGGAUAUUUCGCAGCCGAAAUUCGAUCAGUCGACGUACAUGGGCCGUGUCAGGCACUUUAUCGCGGCUGUCUCCCCCCUCACCCUAUUUGCUUCGGCCGAUCGUCUCCAGGAUGCCCACAAAGACGUUCUCGCUGUCCAGGAACGUGUCCAGAAAUCCCCCGGUGGUGUAUUCGUUAAGCCUGAGGACGCGCAGAAGUAUUGGAAGAACAAGCAGCUCGUAGACAGCUCUAUACAUCCGGACACCGGCGAGCCUAUAGUACUUCCAUUUAGAAUGUCAGCAUUCAUGCCUACCAAUUUGAUCAUUAUCGGCGGUAUGCUCGCACCUAAUCCCUCUCUCGGAUCUGUCAUUUUCUGGCAGUGGAUGAACCAAUCACUCAAUGUCUGCGUCAAUUCAGCCAAUGCGAACAAAUCCACUCCACUAUCCACAAAAGAACUCGCCAUGUCUUACCUCGCAGCCACAGCGUCGUCUGUCGGCAUAGCAGUGACCUUAACCAAGGGGGUUCCCAAGCUGAAUGUCUCGGCAGCCACCAAAGCCUCACUCGGGCGCAUGGUACCAUUCGUAUCAGUUGUCACAGCCGGAUGCGUGAACAUUGCCGCUAUGCGCUACAAGGAGAUGCGCGACGGGAUAGCGGUGACGACGAGUGAAGUAGACGGGGAGCCUCUACCAGAUAACCAGAAAACCACACUAGACGCCUCCUCACGCAUUGCGGGUGCUGUGGCAGUAUCGCAAACGGCAGCUAGCAGAGUCUUUACUAACAUCCCCACACUUAUCUUCGUCCCUCUCAUCCAGGCUGCGUUGACCAAGAGAGGUGCAUUCGCUGGUAAACGCGGACCUUUACUGGAACGUAUCGUGUCGCUGGGUCUUGCCGGGACAAGUAUGAUAGUGUUUUUGCCUCCAGCUAUCGCCGUCUUCCCCCAGAAAGCUACUCUUGGUGCGGAUACCGUCUUUGGGGAGGACGCACCGACGGAUGAGAAAGGCAGGAGAGUUACGCGGGUGGAAUUCAAUAGAGGUCUCUAA